ACUUUUUUUUAAAUCAGACAUCGGUUUGGUCGGAAAGGGACCAAAACAAAAAAAAGAAAAGAAAGUAGAAACCGUAAAACGACAAAAAACAAGUGCACGUUGAUUCCCUCCUUCUUCACUUUCUCUCUCUCUCUCUCUCUCUCUACAUACAAACAGACCAUUUCUCAUUUCAUCUUUUCUUCUCUCUCUCUCUCUAGCUUUUUAAUCUCUCCAGAUGCCCAAAUCCUUUACACUCCGUCGCCACCAUCUUCUCCGCCGUCUUAGAUUCCAUUUGCCCUCUUGCUCCCACCACCACCACCACCGUCGCCGUCUACACCCGCCUCCUCUGCAUUCUUCAAAAUCUCUUUGCACGCAAUGCUGAUCACCACCCUCUUAGGCCUUCUUCUCUCUAUCAGAGAUUGAUUAUUUCCUCGCCGUGAAAGAAAGAUGUCUCCUUUUCUCUUAAUUGGAUUUCUGAUGCUGGCUUUUCUCCUAAUCCGCCGCCAAUGGAGAUCCGCCGCCGUGAAGCGGGAGGAGGUUCUUCGGCUUAUCUCUUUAGCCACCGAGGAGUCUUAUCUGGCAGCAGAAGAAAAGGAGAAGGAGGAGGCUCGUGCCACUGUAGACUACUACGGCUCCUCCUCUUCUGUUCCUCCAGAUGUUUAUAGUUGUGCUGUUUGUCACUACCCAACCACUACUCGCUGCGCUCAAUGCAAAUCCGUCCGUUACUGUUCUAGCAAGUGUCAGAUUCUUCACUGGCGACGAGGUCACAAGGAAGAGUGUCGACCGCCUCCUCUUCAUGAUUACGACAGAGAAGAGGAUAAGUCUGUUAAGUCUGAUGGUAAUUUAAAAAAGACUCAAGCUUAUUUCUAUUUGUUGUGUGUGUGGUUUAUUGAUGACUUGGAGCGCUAUGCAGAUGGAUCACAUAUUGAAAUGCCAUUUCGUGGGACUGAGUUUGAAUCAUCAGCAGCAGAUGGGCUAACUGGUCUAGAGACCAACGAGAGGGUGAAUAAUGAUGGCGUGUCUGUUGAUCUUGCCUCUGACAUCUCUACAAGUAGGCCUAGUGUUCAAAAGGUACAACCCAAGUCUCAAGCUGUGGACUUCACUACUUCUCUAAACGAAAAAGAUAAUUUCUAUGAGACGAAGCCAAUAAGCUCGAAGAAGUCACAUAAUCGCACAGAGAAGCAUUCCAAAGGCAAGGCUACUCUACUUACUGAUGCAAAGCCGCAAAGUUCACGUAGGAAAGUUGAUACGGUUGGAGUGUCAGCUUCGAAUCAUCUUUUGUCAGUGGAACAUGAAGGAGAAAAGAAUGCACUUGGACAUGAGAAAACGACAUGUGAACCAACUAGUAGUGCUCCUGCUGCUGCGCUGUCCUCUUCAACUAUUCCUUUACCUUCAAAAGCUAUUAGUAAACCUAAAGUGUCACAAGCUUCUUCAAGUAGUAGUGUCUUCAAAACAUCGAUGCAAAAAGUUGUCCAGCAUUUUAGACCCCCAAAGUCGUCUAAACUAACUCAACCUUCCACUUCUGUCAAUGAGAUGAGCUUCUCUUAUGAGAUGUUUGUCAAACUUUACCGUGAUAGAAUAGAAUUACACCCAUUUGGCCUUGUCAACUUGGGCAACAGUUGUUAUGCAAAUGUUGUUCUCCAGUGCUUGGCCUUCACUCGGCCACUUAUUUCUUACCUAAUUAGAGGAAUACAUUCUAAAGCAUGUCGAAAGAAGAGUUGGUGUUUUGUCUGUGAGUUUGAGUUCUUAAUUUUGAAGUCAAGGGGAGGAGAAUCUCCUCUCUCACCUAUCAAAAUCUUAUCAAGAUUACAAAAGAUUGGGAAGCAUCUUGGCCCUGGAAAGCAAGAAGAUGCUCAUGAAUUUUUAAGGUGUGCUGUUGAUACAAUGCAAUCUGUUUUUCUCAAAGAGGCUGAUGCAGCUGAUCCGUUGGCAGAAGAAACUACUUUAGUAGGCCUUACGUUUGGUGGUUACCUUCACUCCAAGAUUAAAUGCAUGAAAUGCCUGCACAAAUCUGAGAGAACGGAGCUGAUGAUGGAUCUAACUGUUGAGAUUGGUGGAGACAUAGGAAGCCUAGAAGAAGCACUUGCUCAGUUUACAGCCUAUGAAGUCCUAGAUGGAGAGAACCGGUACUUGUGUGACAGAUGCAAAUCUUACCAGAAAGCCAAAAAGAAGUUAGUGAUACUCGAAGGACCCAAUAUUCUUACUGUGGUGUUGAAACGUUUUGAGUCUGAUAACUUUGGGAAGCUGAGUAAACCCAUUCAUUUUCCUGAGCUUCUCGAUAUUAGCCCAUACAUGAGUAACCCAAAUCAUGGGGAUCAUCAUCCAAUGUAUAGUCUCUAUGCAGUGGUGGUUCAUUUAGAUGCCACUUCAUAUUCAGGUCAUUAUGUUUGCUACAUCAAAAACCUUCAUGGAGAUUGGUUCAAGAUUGAUGACAGCAAUGUUUUCCCGGUUCCAUUACAGACUGUGUUACUAGAGGGAGCAUACAUGCUUCUCUAUGCAAGAGAUUCUCCCAGACCGGUGAGCAAGAACGGUGGUGGUCGGAAAUCAAAGGAAAGAAGAAACUUGUCUGCAAUCCCUUCGAGACACGACAACAACAGCAAGAAGAAGCAAGAGAAAGACAGUAGUAGCAGUCUGUUGCCAAGAGUAGAUUUGUCCAGUGGGAGUUUAUCAUCAAUGUUCAGCUCAUCAGAGACAACAAGCUCAUGCAGCACAAAAGACUCAUCAGGUUUUGAGAAUUUAUCAGAUUACUUGUUUGGUGGAGUUGAACAGGCUUGGAACCAGGAUCCAUCUUCUCAAACGUUUUAUUGAGUUUGAUGUCCAUUUUUUUUUACUUGAAACAGUAACCAAAAAUAGAAAAUGUAAUUUUUUUAUUUGUUCAUCUUUUAAGCCAGUUAAAAUUGUGAUA